AUGGACGGUUCUACAGCACGUUACAAGCAGGUGCUCACUAGCAGCAAGCACACUUACAAUUAUUAUUCAUCAGCAUCUCCAAAGUCUAAAACCACGAUCCUUUUCAUCCAUGGCUUCCCCUACUCGUCAAAGAUCUGGCGUGAUCAAAUUUCUCAUUUUGAGAAGCUAGGAUACGGAUGCAUCGCACCUGAUAUUUUGGGGCAUGGCAAAACGAGCAAGCCGAAGGAUCCCGCUGAAUAUUCGUGUCCGGUCGCCUCUAGGUCGAUGAUUGACAUUCUUGAUGCAGAGGGUGUCGAGAAGGCGAUAAUUGUCGGUCAUGAUUGGGGAAGCUCAAUCGCGUCGGGGACGGCAGUUGCCUAUCCCUCGAGAGUGCUUGCAUUGGUCAUGGUGUGUGUGCCAUACUUCAAGCCGGGUCCGUUCGAUUUGAAGGCUAUCAACGACAUGACGGAGCAGGCUUUUGGUGCUGCUUGCUUUGGGUAUUGGGAGGUGUUCCUGAAUGAACCGGAGUUGUUGACUCAGCACAUUGAGUCUUUCUAUGAGAUGUUCUUUGCCAAGGAUACUGCGGCUUGGGUAAAACAUUUGACCUCGAGAGGAAAGCUUCGGGAGUGGCUGGUCUCGGACGGCCGAUGUGAAGUGAAAUCUUCUAUUGAGGAGAUAGAUCGACAAGACUUCCUCGCCAAUGAUUGGGAAGCCGCGCUGCAGUAUUACCACUGCUUCGCCGAGGGGUACAAUGAAGAAGCUGAGAAAGGGACUUGGACAUCUGGAUGA